UCCGUGCAAUCCAUUUCGCGUAUAGUUAAAAUUGUCUCUCCGUGUUCUCAGUGUAUUUUGUCCAUCAAUCUAUCCGUGCAUAUAUCCUCCCAUCCCACGUCUGUGAAGUGAGACUGAAAAUGAGUGAAAAUGUGCUCUAAUACGCUGAAGAUUUUGUAUGUGCUGGUGUUGUGCUUGUUGCUACUGGAGCUGGAUGCAUCUUCAGAUGAACAAGAUGACCGGGCAGUGAUUACCAGGCAGGAGAACGGCAAUCUGCUACUAAAGGCAGCGCCAGAUCAGAAUGUGACUAUUCGACUAAUGGGCGAGGAUGCCACGGUGAUGGUGAACGAUGUGGAUGUGCUACCGCUUCUCCGGCGACGCCUGCAGGUGCUCACCGCCCGACAGGUGGCGGCUCGACGUGAGCCAUUGUCGCUGGACGUGCAGAAGGACCAGUUCCGCGCGGUACAACGUAGUCUCACUCGGCUGGAGCAGCGUUUCUUCAACAUGCGUAACAACACGCGGCGUGGUGGACUUAACCAGCGUGUCCUGCGCCGGCAGCUGCAGCGGAUAGAGCGUGUCUCGACUACUCUGGCGAGAAUACAAGUCUUUCUGGCCAAGGACGAGUGCCAGUCGAAUCCCUGCCAGAACGGAGGUACCUGCCACGACCUAUACAAGUCCUUCCAAUGUGAUUGUGUUGCUGGCUGGCAAGGCCCCACUUGCGAGGAAGAUGUGAACGAAUGCUUUGAUUUUUCCAACACCGAUCUGGCUGCCUGUAUGAACAAUGGCCGAUGCAUAAACACGCCUGGAAGUUUUAGUUGUGUUUGCCGCAAUGGAUACUCUGGCACCCACUGCCGACUGCGCCAGAAUAAAUGCCUGGCUGGCGAUUCGAGCGAGCUGUGCGGAGAACAUGGCACUUGCGUUCACUCUGUCAGCUCCACCGCAGGCUACGUGUGUGUCUGUGAUCAAGGCUGGACCUGGGCCGACACUAAUGCUACCACAGCCACGGCUAGUCCCUGCACCCGGGACGUGGAUGAGUGCGCGCCCAACGUGAAUCCCUGCCACAACGAGUGUAUCAAUCUGCCAGGCAGCUAUCGAUGUGGCUCCUGCCCGCCGGGCUACACCGGAGACGGUCGGUUCUGUCGCGACAUAGACGAGUGCACGGUGGCAAACGGCGGCUGCAGCCUGCAACCGCGUGUCACAUGCAUCAACACCGAGGGCUCCCAUCUGUGUGGCCGUUGCCCAGUGGGCUGGACCGGCGACGGACGCAGCUGCAUGACCACCGAGUCCAACUCCUGUGAUGGCGAACGAAUAUGCCAUGCCGAGGCGACAUGCGAGUAUAUCUCUGGCACUGUCGUCUGCACCUGUCCACUGGGCAGCUAUGGUCACGGCUACGGCGCGGACGGGUGCACAAAAGACCCCACCCGCGACACGUGCGACCAGCAUAUGUGCCAGAACAACGCCACCUGCGUCCACAUAGGACGCGGCAGCACAUGCAUUUGCCAGCCCGGAUACAAAGGAGUGUUGUGCAACGACACAGAUUCGGAUGGCUGCCACCCCAGUCCUUGUCUGAAUGGCGGCACCUGCCUCCUCCUGCCGGACAACCAGUACCGAUGCAACUGUCCCGCCGGCUACACUGGCACGCGUUGCUCCAACCAGCGCUUUUUCUGCGGCUCCACACUGCGAGGACCCACGGGCCAGCUGCAUUUUCCACCCAACACCGCUGACGGUAACUACCAGCCCGACGAGCGGUGUCCCUUCAUCAUUCGCACGCCUCCAGGCCAUGUGCUCAACGUGACCUUCACACAAUUCGAUCUGCAGGAGAGCAACGAUUGUUCCCACGAUUUCCUGCAGCUGCACGACGGCCCAUCGCUGGCCUACAGGCUCAUCGGUAGAUUCUGCGGCAGGCAACUGGCCAACAAAAGCAUCGUCUCCACCCAGGAGCAGGUUUUCUUCUGGUUCCGCUCCGACAAUGCUACGCAAGGGAGCGGCUUUCACCUCGCCUGGAGCUCCCUGCCCUUCUCCUGCGGCGACACGUUGGCCAACCUGACAUUGGGUCAUACGGGAAUACUGCGAUCUCCCGGUUAUCCGGGCAAGGCGCGUGCCGGGCUCGACUGUCGUUGGCAGCUGUCAGCCCCCUACGGCACUCGGCUGCUGUUGCGAUUCUACGACAUAACGCUGGGCAUGAGCAGAAGUUCGGAUGCCGCUCCCUGUGGCCAGGGACUGAACAGUAGCUACCUGACCGUAUACGACUCGGAUCGGGAAUUGCUGAAGAGCUGCGUGUCCUCACAGCCGGAACCGCUGUACAGCUCAUCCAACAGCCUGCAGAUUGACCUGCACACGGGUACGCAGCGCGUGGAUAGCUCCUUCCAGCUGCACUUCGAGGUGGUGGCCGGCCAGCCAGGCUGCGGCGGUAGCUACACGGAGUCGCAGGGCCGCAUCAGUGGCCACAUGAAUGCAGAGGUUUGCCUCUACCUAAUCGAGCAGCCAACUGGGACACAAAUCAAGCUGGAGUUCGAGCACAUUAAUCUGCUGCGGUCCGAGGACUGUGGACUGCAGAAGAUCGAAAUUUUCAACGGACGCACCGCUGAGUCACCACUGAUGCGACGCCUCUGCGGACAGCCCGAGGGCAGCGAAAUGGAGCCACUAAUCUCCAGCGGCAAUGCGGUUCUCGUGCGCUAUGAGUAUGCCCUGCUUGGGCUGAAGCUGAAGAAGAGCUUCGAGCUGAGCUACAGCAGAGUGUGCAGUGGCAAUUUCGGUGGCACGGAGGGCACCAUCAGAACGCCCAACUAUCCGCAGUUCUAUUUGGCUGAUAUGACCUGCACAUACAAGAUAGUUGGACCACUGGACACGCUCGUAGAGCUUACCAUCAAAGAUCUAUCGCUAGGCGCUGCCGACGCGAAUGCCACUGAUGAUGGAAAUCAAACCAAUUACUUGGACGUUUAUCUGUCGAAAGAUGAGAAGCGUCGCAUAUACAAGUCGGGUCGCAAUAUCGUGCUGAUGGCACACAGCAACCAGGCGACACUGGUUUUCCACGGAUCCAGCACUGGCCGUGGCUUGCUUGUGGACUACAGCUUUCCAGAUACGGGCUGCGGUGGCUAUCUGAGCCCAACAACCACGAAUCGCUUUAUGAAACGGGUGUCAAUGCCCUUCUGUCAGUGGAUAAUCGAUGCACCGGGCAGGAAACAAAUCUCCGUAAACCGCAUGCUGGUGUCCGGCCAAAUGUCCGUCUAUGAUAAUAGCACCAGUCCUGGGUUGCUUUUAAACAGCUAUGAAGGCGAUUUUGUGGAAUACUUUGAUGCAGAUCUACUGACAAUAUCGCUUAGGAAUGAACAACGCUAUCAAUUGGUGCUGAUCACGUACAAACAGGUGGAAAACGAUUGCAAUGUGCGUUCCAGCCAACGCGCUGGCAUCAUCAAAUCACCGAAUUGGCCGCGACCGUAUGGCGCAUCGCAGAACUGUGAGUGGAUCAUUCGUGCGCCGCUCGGGCAUCGCCUUGAGCUGGUUGUCUCGAACUUCAGUCUGGAGGUAAUGGGCACCUUGUGCACCAGCGACUAUCUGGAGAUCAGGAACGGGGACUCGGCCGAAUCGCCACUGAUUGGCAGAUACUGUGGCACACAGAUACCCCCACGAUUGCCCUCGUUUGGCAACGCGCUCUUCGUGAAAUUCAGCUCUGACAGCAGCGUGGAGGAGAGUGGAUUCCUGCUCAACUGGCAGCAGAUCGGCGAAGGAUGUGGCGGCAAACUCAAUUCGCACGUGGGAUCCAUACACUCGCCGCACUCGAUGGCAGGCAAUCGUGGCGCCCUGGCCUGUGACUGGCAGAUUAGCGUGGCCGAGGGAUCUCUCGUAGCGCUGCAGAUCGAGAGCCAAGACGAUAACCUCUGCAGCGGUCAGCUAACCAUUUUCGAUGGACCCACCACGAGCAGUCGUGCCCUAAAACUGCGCUGCAAUGAGACAGACAGAGACACCAGAAUUGUGCUCCACUCCAGCAGUAAUCGCGUGCUCGUGCGCUACAAUGUGGGCCACGACUCGCCCGAUGGCACCAGCUUUGUGCUGGACUAUGCCACGGACUGCAGGGUGCGGCUGGAUAAGCUCCAGGGGGCCAUUGAGUCGCCCAACUUCCCGGAGAACUAUCCGCCCGACAUGUCCUGCGAGUGGGACAUACGCGCCGGCGGUAAACGGAAUCACGUCCAUUUGGUCUUUUCGCAUCUCUCGGUGGAAGAAUACCAGCCCGGAAGCUGUGACUUUGACUAUGUGAUGCUCAAUGACAUGAAGGACGACCAGCUGCUGGAGGAACGGCGACUCUGCACCAACGAGGGCGUGGCUCCGCUCACCAGCAAGGGCAAUCGUCUGCUGCUCAAAUUCAGCAGCGACAGCACGUUGCAGGAGCGCGGCUUUCGAGCCGAAUACAAGCGCGUUGGCUGCGGCGAACAUCUCCAGGAAAUGGGCGGUACCUUUGCCUCGCCCAAUAUCCCAUUCAGCGUAGAUGUGGCCUGCGAUUGGGUCAUCAGUGCGCCGGAGGGCAAGCAAAUACGUUUGAUACUGCAGGAGCUGUAUAUCGAUCCGCCUCAGCGAGAGUGCCUGCAGGACUUGCUGACAGUCUCCACGCCGGGUAGCCAUGUGCUCUACCGCAGCUGCCAGUCGCAGACCUCCACGCAGACAUUCACCUCGCCGGGCAACGAGCUGCACGUGCGCUUCGAGAGCAGCCCAGCGGUCGCCAGGAAAUAUUUCAAGGCCACGUAUGCCCAGGUGCCAGCCAGCUGCGGCGGCUCUGUGCGUGCCAGCAGUGGGGUGAUUGCCUCACCCGGCUUCCACGAUGCCACCACAAUAGAGGAGGGCCUCAGCCCCCUCAACUACUCCUCGCAGGUGGAGUGUCUUUGGUUAGUGGAGGUACCGGAUAGCUAUGGCAUUCGGCUGCGCUUCGAGCAGUUCAACCUCUCCGAUUCGGCCAAUUGUUCGGACACCUUUGUGGAACUGACCAAGCUGGAUGCCGACAACUCCGAGCACUUCCUGGAGCGUGCCUGUGGCGACCAGCAGCUGCUGAUACGACUGGUCCACGGCCAGCGUAUGCGAGUGCAGUUCAGGGCUCAGGCGGGAACCUGGGGCCGGUUUGCCCUUCACUUUGAGCGUCAAUGCGGUGGCACGCUGUCGGCCGGCGAGGGCUAUCUGAGGUCGCGACUGGACGAGGACUGCAACUGGCUGGUGGUGGCGCCGGAGGGCACCAAGCUCAGCCUGAGCAUCAGCCAGCUGGAGUGUGCCGGCUGCCCGAAAACUUCAGCAGAGAACUGCACCUCACAGGAGGGACUGCAGCUGCUCAACGACGAUGAUCAGGUGGUGCUCUACAGCCUGUGCAGCGAGCAUCCAGCGAAUCUGGUGGUGCCCGCCAGCAAUGUCCGUGUGCUGGCCAAAGGCAUCGCUCUGGUGGCGCAGUUCACCAGCCUGGAGAACACUUGCGGCGGCAACAUCAGCUCCGCCCGCGGCAGCCUGAGCUCACCCAACUAUCCGGACAGCUAUCCGGCGAAUGUGGAGUGCCUGUGGCGCAUCAGCGUAAACCCAGGCAACUCCCUCUCGAUCACUUUCGACUCCCUGAACAUUGUGGCCUCCGAGCACUGCAACGAGGACUUUCUCGAGCUGCGUUCAGGCGUGGACGAACGUCUGCUGGGCCUCUACUGCGGCCGACAGAUGCCUGAGCAGCCGCUGGUGAUACGAUCGCAGCUGUGGCUCAAAUUCCGCAGCUUGCCCGGCAACAGCGCCGACGGUUUUAAGCUGCACUGGAGCUACGUGCACGACAAUGAAAUUUCGUCCGAGACCAAUGGAACGAUUGCAGCGCCGCCCAUAAGAGCAGUACGCGCAGAGGAGCAGCCGUUUAGUUGGCGCAUUUUUGUGGAGCGCGAAAUGGUUGUGGCCCUGGACUUCGAUGAGUACAUAUCGGGCCUGCAGCUCUUUGAUGGCUACGAUGACACUGCCCUGGAGGUGAGCACUCUAGCCUCGCCCUGGCAGUUCCUUUCCAGCAGCAAUGUCCUCUAUUUGCGGACACUCAACACGGACUUUAAUGCCUUUCUGUUGAAGUGGCACGUGGUCAGCAGUGUGCUCGUAAAGGGCAACAGAACCGUGACCAACGAUGAGUGCAACAAAGACUUUACGGUGUCUGGCAGUGCGCGCUUGAUGGUGAAUUCCCCGGGUUACCCGCGGGGCUAUGCGCCCAACCUGAAUUGCCAGUGGACCUUCAGGCCCGAGGAUCCCGCGCAGCAUGCCUACGCGGAUCUCUAUGAGGUCGAUCUGGAGGUGUAUCCCAAUUGCUUUGCCGACUACCUGAACAUCCAGAGCUCCAGCGACCUGAGCCACUGGACGAAUGAGCUGCGCAUCUGCAACGGCAGCAAGGGCGGGCCACUCAUCCAGCGCUUGCACGGAACUCCGCAUCUGAGGCUGCAGUUUAAGAGCGAUGUCUCCAUCAACGGACGCGGCUUCAGGGCCAUUGUCCGUGCGACAUGUGGCUCGAAUAUGACGGCACCCGUGGCCACCAUUUUAGACACGCAAAUGCGAGCCGGCCUGGCCAUGGGCAGCAGUUGCGAGUGGCACAUCGAGGUGCGACCGGGCCGUAAGAUAGAGAUCAACAUAGUCUAUGCUUUGGGCCCUACCGGCAACGUUACAUGCCCCGUGUACGGACUCAUCUACGAUGGCCUGGACGACAGAUCGCCCCUCCUGCAGGACGGCAAGUUCUGCAAUCAAAUGGGCCUGGACAGACUCACGUACCGCACCAGCGGCUCCCAUGCGUACAUCAAGUACGUGGUGCCGGAGCGAGCCGUCAAUCCGGGGCACAACUACUGGAAUCUCACGUACCGCGAGUACAGCGAGUGCGACGGCGAGAUCCCGCUGACCCGGCUGGCCAGCACUUACAGCAUUACGACGCCGGGCUAUCCCUAUCUGCCGCAUCCCCAUGCAGAGUGCACUUGGCUGGUGUUGGCGCCGCCGGGCGAGGUCAUUACUGCCACCUUCGACGACCGUUUAUUCGAUCUGAGUUUGCGCCAGUGCGGCAAGGAGUUCGUGGAGCUCUUCGAUGGCUCCACCACACUGGCGCGCCGACUCCUGCACACCUGCCAACGGCCCGCAAUGACGUUGCGCAGCUCAGGGAACAUUCUCCUGGUGCACUACCAGACGCAACUGGACGAGCCGCAUGCCGGCUUCCGGCUGAACGUAUCGCUGAGUGCCUGUGGCGGUCUGACCACAGCCUCCAUGGGCUUCGUCAGCUCCGUGGGCUAUCCGGCGCUGGGGAGCUACCCGAAGCCGGCUGUCUGCGAGUACAGCAUCAAACUGCCGCGUGGUGCGUACAUUCGGCUCAACGUCAGCGAUCUGCACCUGCCGUACAGCUCGCAGAAGGGACAGAACAACAGCGACCGACUGGAGUUCGUGGACCUGACGGAUGCUAGUGAUCAGCAGACACCUCUCUUGGUACUGGACGGCAGCGGAACCUACCCACUGGCCGUCACUCUCAACACCAACCAGUUGGGCAUCCGCUUCAAAGCGGUCAGCAAUGUGAACAGCUAUCGCGGCUUCAAGAUCUUCUACGAGCGCAUAACCGGCACGUGCUCACGCGACAUAAAUGCUGCCUCUGGGAACCUUGAGAUUCCGGCCAAUGUGCAGUCCAGCUGGCUGAGAGUCUGCCGCUGGAGAAUCACAGUGCCCAAGGGUCAGAGCGUGCGCCUCGAGUUCCUCAAUCUAGCCGACAUGCGUGUGAUUAUUCGCAAUGAAACAAGAAGGUGAGUGGAUCGGAUUACUGUGGAUUGAUAGUUGGUUUAUCCUUUCAUAUUUUACAGCUGGAUGAGGCGCGACAUACAGCCGCAGUUUUCCUUCUUCAACGAUUUAAGUCAGCUCUCGAAGAUCACCGAUUUCCGUAUUGAUGCGUACAAUGGGAGCGGCAUUAUCGAGUCCAGCGACAACUUUAUGCUGGUCAGCAUCAUCACCAGCCAACUGGAUCUGACCAGCAUACCGCUGCGUGCCAGGUUUAGCUCCAGCGCAGCCUCUCAAUGCCCGCCAGACAUUGGAGAUCAGUCGGCCGGCGAAUUGUCCGUCCAAAGCCUCAGCCAGCUGCCCGUCUACUAUUGCACCAUCAACUAUGCGGGCCUCAGUGGAUCCACGCUAACCUUCAAGGUGGAGGAGUACGCGUACUGGAGCCGUGCUGGUCCCUCGGUGGUGUUCAGGGACGAUGGCUUCCGCAAUGUCCACUACAUGUCCACGAAUGUCACCAAUAGCUACGUCUCAAUGGCUGCCCUGCCCGGACGCAUCAACCUGAACCAUGGCCAAAAUGUAAAACUGAGACGCUUUCGGGCCACCUAUCGACGCCACAAUUGUGGCGGUCAGCUGCAGGUGGCCGAGGGUCUGGCCAUAGAGUCACCGCAGAUGAUGGCCACCAUUGGUGAGGACUAUGGGCCGCUGGAGUGCGUGUGGAUGCUGGCUGGCAGCAGGGGCUAUGCGCUGGAGGGAAACCUUAGCCUCAGCGACAGCUGUGACCGCGAGUACAUUGUGAUCUAUGCGGGUCCCCGACCGGUGGGCCGCCUCUGCCGCGGCAUGACGAUGAACAGCACGCGGCUGGAUAAGGCGCAGUCCAAGGUGAUUUACCACACGGAACAGCACAGGCCGGGACGCAGUUGGUUCCGGCUGGAACCCAGGCGGAUAGCAGACCCAACGGCAGGAAGUGUGAUACGCGUCGACCAGCGGACCACAGCGCCCAUAACGAUCAACGGGACGGAGUACAAGAACAACAUGGAGCUCAUCUGGGAGUUUACCACCAAUGCGGGACUCUCGCUGUCGCUGCAGUUCCAGGGUCGCUUCUUCAUUGAAACGUCCCCGAACUGCACCAAUGACCGGCUGAGUGUGCAGCAGAGCCUCGACAGGCAGGAGACGCCGGCCGUUUGGUCCGAGGUGGCGAAUCUGUGCGGCCGACAGUUGCCGCUGCCGCUGCAUGUGGAGGCGUCUCGCAUGCGUGUGGUCUUCCGCACCAAUGGCAACAUCACCGGCGACGGCUUCAGCUUCACCGUCUCCCCCAGCUGCGACGUCACGCUGCGUGCCACCGCGGAGCCGCAGAUCCGUCGCAGUCCCAGCUGGCAGGCAUCGCGCAAUAUGAUGCUCAACUGCAGCUACGUGAUACUCACGGACAGCGAGGAGCAGCUGGUGGCCAGCGUGAAAAAUGUAGGGCGCCGCGCUUGGCCAGCAUUCGCUUGCCUCAGAUCCUUCUUUAUGGUCUACAAACCAGACUCGAGCUCCAAAUCGGGGGAAGUGGAGCAGGCGGAGAAGUUCUGCCCGGACUUUGAGGUCAACGGCUACAAGAGACUCCGCCUGCAGUACAUGUCGCCCACAGUGCGACAGUUUGAGCUGCAGUUCCAGCUGCUGGGCUGCGGCGUUAACUACAGCGCUCCCUUCUCCCUGCGCCCACCACAGCACGACGAAGAUGUGAGGUCUUAUGCCCACAAUAUGCACUGCGAAUGGCGCGUCACGGCGCCCCCACAGCACGCCAUCGUUCUGGUGUUUAAGUACUUUGAGCUGGAGGAGAGCCGUGACUGCCGAUACGACUACCUGGCGGUCUACAAGGGCGCCAGCUUGGUGCCGAACAUUGAACAGCGCGUGGCCCGUCUGUGCGGCAACUUGACCGCUCAGCCGCCCACCGUUAUGGUGGACAGCAACCAGGCGCUGAUUGUGUCCCACUCGGAUUCGUCAAACAGUUUCCGUGGCUUCCUGGCCGGCGUGCGCUUCACUCCGAACUGCAAUGAACGAAUCGCGCUGGACGAUGAUGUGCCGCGCAUGAGUCUCAUGCGUAACUACAGAGUGAAUGCCUCCGAGCAGCUGCUGUGCAUGUUCAAGGCCAGUGCGCCGCCUGGCCGUCGCCUGUCCGUGCUGCUGAGACAGUUGCAGCCUUCGUCUGCGUCGGAUCUGGGCUGCUACCUAGAGAUUAUUGACAGUGCCGCCGCACAGAGCCAAAGCCUCGGCAGGUACUAUGAUCUGGCCGGCAAUCCCACGAAGCUUUUCAGCUCCUAUUCAGAUCUCUCGAUCAAGCUGAGUGGCACUUCCGAUGAGGCGCGAAACGUGAGCUUUGAAUUGAUUCUGCAAAUGGAACGUACAAUCUGUGGAGAGACUGAAUAUGAGCUGCGCUCGAAUGAGAGCAUCAAACUGGCCAUACCAGGGGACAACAACACGAGGGACUAUGAGGGAAGCGUUCACUGUUCUUGGACGAUUCGAUCAGCGGAGGAGGCGGAAAUCGAGAUACGAUGGCUGAAUCUUAGGGAUGUCUCACAACUGACGGGUAAAUGCGUGGACUACCUACGUCUAUCCGAAUCGUGGUCACCGCAGUACUUCUGCGGGCAGCUUAACAAUACCUUCAAGAGAUUAACGUCGCCGGAGAGCUUGAAACUCGAACUAACAUUCCACAGCGAAGAGCUGACAGAAUUCACUGGGUUCGAGGUGCUAAUCAGGCAGAAUAAACGUUGUGGUCGCAACUACUCGGAGCUAAGCGGAGCCAUUGAAGACAGCUCUCUGACCAACUGCACCGUGGAUAUACGAGUGCCCGAGGGCCACAGUGUGACACUGAACCUGCUGUACGUGUUGUUCGAUUUGGACUCCAGUCUGAAGUACCUAAACAUAAGCGACCUGAAGACCAAUCAGACAGUCUUCCAAACGAACAGAUUCCUCGCGAAUCCAGCAGUCAGAUUCGCGGCGACCAAUCAGCUACGCAUUGCGAGCGCGGGCGUAGCUUCUCUGCGUUUGUUCUACUACUCCACCAGCAACAAUCUGUCCAACGGCUGCGGUGGCGACAUCUCUUUGGGUGGUGGCUACGGUAACUUGGCCAAUCCGCCCUACGACAAUCGAAACCAUUCGCUGUGCAUCUGGCGCAUAACAGUGCCAGCAGGCAGCACCCUGAGGAUCGCCUUCAUGGAUUUCAACAUGGGUUCGGAGACUAAUUGUAAGCUGGAUAAUAUAAAGUUCUACAAGGUUAUGCCAGAUGCAAGCGAGGGACUGGUGCAAACACUCUGUGGAUCCACCAUGCCCGAUGACUUUGACGUGAAUAGCAAUCGUGCUGUGGUCGUUGCAAAGAAGUCCCCAAAUUUCGAUGGACUUGGCUUCCAGUUCUCAUUCACCCUCAAACACUAAUUGAUGAGACAUUUUCGAAUUUAUUUAU